CAAAAGACUGGGAUCCUCCAACCGCAGCCGCACUCUUUCCGACGAGAGAGAUGUCGAUGUGCAGGUUGAUAUUAUUAUUACCAAAGUCACAUCAUCGGAAUGCUCUCCUAACGACCGCGACCGACCUCUUUGCGAACGAGAUUCGGGAAAAUAUAAAUAUAGAUCAGACUUGAUACUUGAUACUGAAUCGGACGGACAGGAAGCCGCUAUCACGACCCGUCUCAGAAUCAACAACUGACAAGAAACAAGAGACACGCAUAGUAAUCAGACGAGGUCCCUUGAAUUCGAAUUCGCUGAUCUAUCACUGGGUGGCAAGUUCGACGACCCCACAUGCACGACCACCCUGAACGACGGUACGAAGGGCCGGAGGAGAAGGAAGAUGAGAGCCUCUACGCCACCGAGACGAGGACGACGACGGCGACCUCUCUGGACGAAAAGACACGCCCACGCCCACGCUCGCAAUCGCAAUCGCAAUCCCCCUUGGACCCAAAGUUGAGACCGGGUUUGAAGACCAUAGACGAGUCUUCAUACGGUCACAAUAUCAACUACAACUACAACGCCGAGGAGGAUAUCGCACCCCUAGACCAACCCGCCUCGAUCCAAGCGAUCACGGAUAGAGAACCGUUCCAGGUCUUAGCGAGGCAUAUCUCUGGGAUCAGUCAGACGGGAGCAGGGCCGGCGCUCGAUCCACCGCCGGAUGGAGGGUGGGAAGCGUGGGGAGUCGUCGUGGGCGCUUGGUUUGUCCUCUUUGUAGGGUUUGGGAUCAUCACUUCGUUCGGACAGUUUGCAGAGUAUUAUAUCAAUAACCAACUGGCCAACCAUACCCGCUCGGAGAUCGCCCGUAUAGGCUCCUUUUCCUGCUUCUCCGUCUUCUUCCUCUCCAUCUUUUCUGGACGAUGGUUCGACUCUCAUGGUGCGCGAGCGAUCGUCAUCUCCGGUACGAUCAUCUCGACGGCUGCCCUCUUCUGCUUGGCCUUUUGCAAGGUGUACUAUCAGUUCUUGCUGGCACACCUGCUCUUUGGGAUAGGAUGCGCGUUCCUCUAUUCACCCUGUACGGCGGUCGUCGCGCACUGGUUCCUCAAACGUAGAGCUACGGCGGUGGGGAUCAUCCUCUGCGGAUCAGGUCUGGGCGGGGUCAUCUUCCCCAUCGUCCUCUCCAGCCUGUUCCCCCGACUCGGGUUCAGGAAGACCGUACUCGUCCUAGCAGGCAUGGCGGGGUUUUUGUUCUUGCCGUCCUGGUUCACCGUGAGGGCGAGACUGCCACCGAAACAGAGCAUCCCGUGGUCCCAUGCGGGGAGACCGUGGAAGGAGACCAAGUAUUCGGUGUAUGUCGCUGGGGUCGCGUUGAUCUGGCUCAACUACUUUACGCCGUUCUUCUUUGCCAACGAUUUCGCGGCGAACAACAAGGUGCCGAAACAUAUCGCCACCUAUACCGUCACAUUCCUUCAAGCCGGAUCGUUUUUCGGUCGAGCGCUGUCGGGUCCCUGUGCCGAGCGAUGGGGUGCGAUAGAGACGUUUGUGGUGAGCGGGGUGUUGAGCGGGAUCAUCAUCCUGGCGCUCUGGACGACGGCUGCAGUGGGCACGGCCGGCACGAUCGUCGGAGCGUUCUUGUACGGGUUGUUUAGUGGCGCCGUGAUCGCACUGGUGGCAGCGUGCUGCGCCCAACUUUCGCCCGUCAGAGAGUUCGGGCUGCGUCUUGGGAUGAUGUGGUCGGUCGCCGCGUUGCCAUUACUGGCAGGACCCCAGGUGUCGGGAAUCAUCAUUCAAAAGGAAGGGAAAUAUACAGGAGCCUCGAUCUUUGGCGGGAUUACCAUCAUCGCCGGGUCGUUGUUGACGUUUGCGCCGGUGUUCUGGCGGAGAUGGAGGGCGAGAAGGGGCAAGACUCAACGGGGAAUUGAGGAGGACAAGGUCGUUGCGUAGACAAUGCGACGAGGGUUGACGGCAGCGAUUGCCCACCAAAAUAGACGAAUGAUGUCACGACACAACACUGUAUCCAUAUGA